AUGUCAUCGAAUGGUACCCGUUCAAGAGCUUCUGCUGCGGUAGCUAGCGCGUCUUCAUCAUCCUACAUAACAUCAACAAACUUCAGAGCUAAUGCUUCCACUGCUACUGGUCCUGGUAUUGCUACUGCUACUGCUACUGCUACCUCAAAUUCUGCUAUUCCACGUUCCAUGCCAUCAACAUCAUCAAGACAUCAUGAUGUCUUGAUUCCUCAACAAUUAAAUAAUAUCUUACAAUCAGAUAAGUUUGUUAAGACUCAUUUUUCUAGUUUAGGAUUUGAUUUCUUACGUUUAGAAUCUUAUAGAAGAUUCAAACAUUUAUUGUUUGUUGGUGGUGGUGGUAUUAUUAAAGAAGUGGUUUAUGAUAUUACUACAUUCAUAAGAAAAGAAUUAACUGAUUCAAAAUCAGAAUCAUCCAAGAAAUUAAAGGAUUUCUUAAGUUCAAAUAAUGCUUUAUUAGAAGAUGAAGAUCCUUUCAUCUCUUCAGAUCAACAAUUACAAUUAAGACAUUGGUUAUAUAUAAUAUUUGGUUAUUUAUCUCAAUCUUAUAAUGAUAAAGAAGUGGAGAAAUUCUUAGAUAAAAUAAUUGAUAUUUAUAUGGAUUCAAGAAAUAAAACCAUGUUAUUACCAGAAAUCUCCAAUAAACAAGAUCAAUUUUCAUUAAAUUUAUUAAAGGAAUACUUUAACGAUGCAAGAAUCAAUUAUAAUGCUUUAUAUUCUAAAAAGCAAAAACCUUUUAUAACCUUUUAUGAAGCUGCUCCAGGUAAAAUCUAUUUACCACCAUUACCAAAGAUUUAUAAUAAAGAAUUAUUAGUGAAAGCUUUAAUGCAUCGUGAAUAUUAUAGAUUAUUAUUGGUGCCUCAACAUCCUUUCGCAAAGGAAUUAGUGGCAAAUGGUUAUGAAGAUUUGAAUCAUAAAGAUUAUUUGGUAUUAAAAUAUGAAUUAUCAUUCUUAGAUGGUUUAGGAGAUUUAUUCUUGGCUCAUGAAACUUCAAGAUUGAUUUAUGAACUCUGUAAGGAUACCAAUAAAGUGGUUAAUAAUAAUACUUAUCAAUUAUUAAGAAUCAUAUUGGCUACCAAUACCUUAUUAUCAAAAUUAACAGUGGCUUAUAACUUACAUAAAGGUCUUAAUGAUCAAGUCAUACAACAGAUUAUAAGAUCAGAAUAUCUUCCACAUUUAUAUACGGGUCAAUUACAUCCAGAAAGAGAUGCAGUUGAAACUCGAAUUUAUGAAGAAGAAUUCUUAGGUGAUUAUUUCGAAUGUUAUAUGGCAGCAUUAUUAAUUGAACAACCUCAAGUGGCAGAAAAAUUCAUAAGUGAUAUCUAUAGUGAAAUAUUAAGAGUUAUAACUGUUGUUUUACCACCUCAAAUAACUUAUAAAAAUUGGACUACAGGGAUUUUAGGUAGAAGUCUUUACCAUAAAAACUGA